AUGGACGAGAAGGUUUCAAAAACAGAAAUUAUUACGGAGUGGACUCCGACAGAAAUUAUUAAGGAGUGGACUCCGACAGAAAUUAUUACGGAGUGGACUCCCUCACCUCAAGAAGCGAUACAAAUUGGCGAAUCAUUGUCUUUAAUCUCCAGUUCACUUGAAGAAGCACAAAUCGACGAAUCGUUAUGUUUGCCUUUCAGUUUACCUCAAGAAGCGAUACAAAUCGACAGGUUAUCAUCUGUAACAUCAGCAACUUCUACAGCCAUUUAUAAUUAUGAUACGAACAAUUUUACAACGACCCUUUAUAAUCAUCGAGACUCAUUCAGUAAUGCUCAAAAUUCGUACGACGAUACAUUUAAUGAAUUGCCAUUUCCUACUUUAUUUUUUUUCUCAGAAAAUAGUAACAAUAACGAUAAUACAAAUAUGAACGAAACUACUUUAAGCGGGUCAACUUCGUUAAAAUCAAACGAAAUUAAUACCAGUAAUGAUGACAAUAGUUUAAUUGAUACUCCAUUAACAUCAUUUAUAUCUUUAUCUUUGUCUCAAUCACAAUCACUCACACAAGUAUUUAUGUCAAAAUAUAAUUCAUGUCAGUUUUGA